AUGCCAUUGAGCAAGAGGGCCUCUCUUCAGGCGCAGCGCAUGAUGCGAGAAGCAUUCAUGGAGCUUGAAAGAAUAAUCACGGUUUCCGAUCGGGUGCAACUGAAAAAUCUGUCGCUUGAAGACGUUCAGCAGGCUGCUCUCCAAAUCGAAAAGCAGCUUGCAGCAAGUCAGUCGUUGCGUAACAUGCGAAGACUAGCACCUUUAUUCACCGGCUUGGGCCACUAUUCACAAGCGAUUGAAGUUUUAUGCAAUGGGACGCCGUAUUUGCCUUGGCUAUGGGCGCCCAUUAUGCUUGUGUUGAAGAUAUCCGCCGAUUACACCGAAGCCUUUGAGCAGAUCAUCAAGGUUUAUAGCAGGCUAGCUGAGCCGUUGGCUCGAUUCAGACUCUUUGACCGUUCUUUCUCAAACAACAUAGAAAUCCAAAGCACCUUGGCAGUGUAUUACUCCGAUAUUCUUCAGUUCCACGGAGAAAUCUAUAAGUUUGUCCGGCGAAAUGCAUGGCAGUGCCUCUUUGCUACUUCUUGGGGGCGCUUCCAACGGCGGUUCGACAGCAUAUUUGCUGAUCUAAAAGCACAUGAGGAUCUCGUUGAUAAAACAGUCAAUGGAGCUAACUUAUCGGAGGCAAAGGGGAUGAGAGAGGCACUAGAGGACUGGAGACAGCAAGAAAGGGCUAAAUUAAAAAAGGAGGAGGAGGAGCGUACAAGUGCCGAGUUUCGAGCUAUCUUGAGCGUCUUGAAAAUUGACGAGACUCACCAGAUCAAGGUAUUUGAUAAUCUCAUCUCUGAAGCAAACCGAAACCCCGGAUCUUGCAGUUGGAUACUCCAACAACCAAAGAUUCAAUCGUGGGCAAACUGCGAACGCGAUACCCAAUUUGCCGUGCUCCAUGGCUUCUUCGGGAGUGGCAAAAGUGUCUUGGCAGCACAAAUCGCGACUUUUCUCCGUGCUUCUGAGAGCUCUUUGGUAGCAGCACAUUUUUGCACACACCUUUACCCCGAGUCGACACACUACAACUACAUAAUGCGGUCUUUGAUGAUACAAAUAAUUCGUUUGGAUCCUGAACUCAUCACGCUUUCGUAUGACUGGUUAGUCUUGAAGAAGAAAGCCCCAAGCAACACGGUUGUUGAACAACUUCUGCGCCUCUUAGUCGAGGCUAUGGGCGCCUUGCCAGAAAAACAAAAAACCCUUCACAUUAUUAUUGAUGGGCUAGAUGAAUGCGAUGAUGGCACAAUAGCGAAUGUUGUCAAAACACUUAACAAGCUGGUUGUGUCUGCUUCAUCUUCUGCCGCAACUAUUCUCAAAGUGUUAUUAUGCACUCAGAUGAGGCCGGGGGUGGCUCAAUUCGUCAAAAAGAAACAUCAAAUACCAUUGUCGAGCGAGAAAGACCAUUUGAACAAGGCCAUCCGGGAUUAUACUUUGCAGAAGAUAAACGCUAUUCGGCCAAGCCUCUCUCAGUUACAUAUCACUGAUGACGAUGUGACGGCGUUGGCGUCUCAAAUCACCCAGAAAGCAGGUGGCAUGUUUCUCUGGGCAAAACUCGUCAUAGAGUACAUAAACAGGAAUAUUUUCUACCACCGUGAUGAGAUUUUGAAGGCAGCGAUUAGUCUUCCUCGGGAACUUGGCGAGUUCUAUGGUCGGAUGUUAUCGCAGAUUAUGGCCAAUUUUGAUGAGAGAUCUGCUCAGCGAACCAGCGCCAUCCUAAGCUGGAUUGCAUUUGCAAAACGGCCGCUCAGCCUAGCAGAGCUUUUAUCUGCUUUGGUCUUUGACACCAAACAAGAACAAGUUCAUGAGCUUGUGCCAGCAUAUAUUCUCGAUAGGUGCGAACCUCUCAUCCAGAAGCAGGCCGACUCUUCUUAUUCCUUUGCACAUGUGUCGGUCAGGGACUUUCUCCAGAGCUCUGAUACACCACUCUUAGUCACGGAGAUCGAGUCACAAAGGCGGCAUGGGUUAGCUACUGUUCGCUGUCUAUUAUCUGGUCAGCAAAUCUUUUCUCCUUUAUACCCAGACUCGGAAAGAACCUUGAGGGUUCUUCGUGGACUUCACGGCUUCCACAUGUACGCCACCGAAUUUUGGGCCGACUACCUCUUAGCAUCUCUUGAGUUUGAUCAAGCUGGAUUUUUCGAAUCCGAUUUCUUUGCAUUAUCUUGUCGUCUGGCAGAAAAUUUUAUAGCUGCAGAAACCGAUUGCGAAGCCGCAGAUAGCGGCCCGUCAGACCCACGACUCGCUUUGAUACGACAGAAGGAUUACCGCUUGUACAAAAUGGUCAAGGUGGUGCUCUUGGAACAAAAGAAAGAGACAAUAGAAGCGACGUCAAUCCAUGAUAGCAGUAUACAGCACGAUGAUAUGGCUCACGAUGUCAUUGCUUUAAGGAAGAGGCAUCAAACAACAAUUCAAAAGUUACUAAAUUAUUCCACUUAUCCCGGGAUAUCUUUUCAACAGCUUGAACAAUUCAAACAAAACUUUCGAAGUUCAGCGUUUACAUGUCAACUCUGGUCAUGCCCAUAUGCCACUUUGGGCUUUAAUAAUAUUGACAGCCUCAUCCGCCAUGAGGUAGACCAUUCCAAACACAUCUGUCGUGUUCCAGGUUGUCAAUAUCCAGUGUUCGCCUCGGCAAAACUACUGGAGAACCACAUGGCAGAGCACCAUACCAGCCGUGAUCAACAACUGAAACGAAGCUCGAUCAGGAAACAUCCAGCGCCCGUGGACUCGUCCAGCCCCGUCCAUGCCACCCACUAUGACGCCGGGGGGAUCAGCCCGCCGGAGUCCUACAUCUACACAAUCAAGUGUAUAUGCAAUUCCUUUUACGAUUACGGGGGCACAAUAUAUUGCCAGACAUGCGACACAUGGCAGCACAUUGAUUGCUUUUAUCCUGAGAACCGGGAGGAGGCCAUGCGAGAGAGUUUCUCUCACUCUUGUGCCCACUGCAAGCCUCUACCACAGACCACAAUCGAGCGUAAUUUACGACUCAGGGACAUCACGCCGAGACAGAAGAGCGCUUCUCCCCGUCCUCUAGCUGUGGACAUCCCUCCUCAUACAACCCCCCAAGUGACCCAAGCGAGUCCUCCUCCUCUUGUGAUGGCUCAGAAAUCCCAGAUAGGCCCGCAGACAAUGGAGCACAACCAACAUGUAAUUGAGAGAGAAUCUGAGCGUAUCGAUUUGGCUAUUCGACUAGCCGAAGCCUCAGAAGAAGCCGAGGAAUAUCCUUUUUCAUCUGGUUCUAACUCACCUAAAGAACCAGGACUUGCACAGGUUGUCCAUAGUGGACCUCAACUUGCUCAACCUACUGGUUCUAUGGCCGGAGUGGAUUCCUCUCUGUUGCCGGACUCAGAUGCCCACGGCGUUACCUUCCCAGUUCCCAACGUACACGCGCUCCAGGUGGUUCCUUCACAGAUACACUCCGCUAAUGAGGCCAUCCCGGAUACGUUAUCCCCCAGAAGCUGUGACUUGUUUUCUCGCUCCAGAACUUCCUCUCCUGCUUUAAUUGAUGAAGCACGGCAAUCUGCUCCCUUGAGCCCCAAAUCCACGCCACAGACGAGCCCAGUGACGGCCACAUCUGACCGCCGUCCCAACGUCGCGAAAGACAGCUCAAAGCCCGACAUAGAGGAAAUCGUCGUCAGCGGCCACCAGAACCCGCGGUACUUGCACCAGUAUCCGUCGCAUCCACCUCCUGGCAGCUCUCCUGGAACCAUCCCAAGCUCGCAGAGCCAGAACCAAGCGCAAAACUCCUACAACAUCCCUCGAAACGGGACACUAACUAGAAAGGCGCCCCAAGAGCCAACUCCUAGCUCCUCUAGCAAACCAGCAUCAAAGAAUCGAUUGGUGAAAUCAGUUGGGAAUUGGGUAUCUCAAUUUGGCCGAAAGUAGAUAUCAGCUAUAAUAUAUAUAUAAAAUACAACUUCCAGC